UCUCAGAUUUUGAUUUACAUAUCACAUGACAGAUUUGAUUUUAAUCUAAUUAGACAUAUUGUAAUUUAGGAAAUUCUGUAAUUAGAGAUAGAAUCUCUAGCUGAUAUGUAGGCAUGAUAUUAGGAGUAAUUGCAGUAUGCUGAGGUGCAUCUGCUGUAUAUAACACACUGUUAUGCAAGGAAUAAAAUCAUCUGUUCCAUUCUUUACAUGGUCUCAGAGCUCUGCGACCCUAGGCAGAAAACCUUGCGGCUGCUAUGGAAGAAACACAAUCAGAAACGUCUUCUGUAAAAGAAAACGUUGAGAAAAAGAAGCCGUCACCUUAUGAUCUCAACUCCAACGAUAAUCCUGGAAGUGUGAUCGCACAGGUGCAGCUGAAAGGUGAAAACUAUGAUGAAAAGGCCAGAGCUAUGAAGCGGUCCCUGAGAGCACGGAGAAAAUGGGGUUUCGUUGACGGAACCAUAACGGAACCCAAAGAAGGAUCCCCUGAUUUGGAGGAUUGGUGGACAGUUCAAGCCAUGUUGGUGUCAUGGAUCUUGAACACAGUAGAGCCAACUCUACGAACGACCCUCUCAUAUCUUGAAACCGCCAAGGAGAUAUGGGAAGACAUAAAGGAGCGGUUAUCAGUGGUGAACGGUCCUAGAAUACAACAACUGAAAUCAGAACUGGCACAGUGCAAACAAGGAAAUUUGUCCAUAGUCGCUUAUUAUGGAAAGCUAAAAGCACUGUGGGACGAAUUAGCCAACCAUGAACCAACGUUAACUUGUACCUGCAAAGGGUGCAAGUGCGGACUUGCAACAAAAAAUUGAAAAACGCAAAGAAGAAGAACAAGGGCACAUGUUCCUGAUGGGUCUCGAUGACGGAAUCUACGAAACGAUUCGCUCAAACGUGCUGGCCACCGAUCCUCUGCCAUCCUUAAACAAGAUGUACUCCAUUCUGGUGCAAGAAGAGAGUGUGCGAAAUAGGCCACAAACCAGAGAGGAGCGGCCAGAAGUCAUGGCCUUGGCUGCUCAAGCAAGCAUGAAGGCAAGAGGACGUGAAAACAAGAUUGACUCAUUCUGCUCAAACUGCAAUAGAAAGGGACAUGAUGAGGCUGGCUUCUUUGAGAUUACCGGUUAUCCAGAAUGGUGGGGCGAACGCCCGAGGAACAAUGAAAAAACUGGCGGACGAGGACGAGGUCAGAACCGGGGUGGAAGCACAGGAUCAAGCGGUGGUCGUGGUAGGGGACCGGCUCGUGUUCAUGCUGUACAAUGCUCAAGUUCAACCCUUGGUGAAGAAACAAGAAACUCAGCCACGACAGGAUUGAGCCAGGAACAAUGGAAAACCCUGGUAGAAAUGCUUAAUAACUCAAAAGUCACUCCAAAUGAAAGCAUGACAGGACCGCACUACGAAGAUGCUGAUUGGAAUGGGUGAACCGAGGGAUGGACUCUACUUUUUCCGGGAAGCUCCCAAGAAGCGGGCUUGCAAAGUUGAAGGCAUGAAUCUGUUAGAAGUAUGGCAUCAGCGGUUGGGGCAUCCGUCUUGGAAAACUACUCAGUUAGUGUCUAAUGAAGCUGGUAGUCAAUUUAGUGAUGUACAAAAUAAAGUUUGCGAGGCAUGUCAAAAAGCUAAGCAAACUAGGGAAAAAAUUUCCUUGUGCGAACAUCAAGCUUCUAAUAUAUUUGAUUUGAUUCAUUGUGAUUUGUGGGGACCGUAUCGAACUCGUUCUUCUUGCGGUGCUACAUAUUUUCUUACUAUUGUUGAUGAUUGCUCCCGUGCAGUGUGGAUUUGUAAGACCCUAACCUUACUUAUGUAUUGCUUAAGUGAUUUAUUGAAUAAAAGUGAAAUUUCUAGUGAAGUUUGAUUUAAUUGCUAAACUGUCCGUGACCUUGUGUGAAUUUUUGAGAGGUCUUAAAGACCUAAUCUUGAAAAUCUUCCUUCAUGAGAGUUGUAGCUCUCUGAGUUAGCUAAAUUCUCUCGUUGGUUCCAGGUCAUUCCGACCUCGGUAGCCCGAGAUAGCUUUGUUUUAGUGACGGAAGGUCAGGCUGUAUUGUACUAGCAAUUUUGUUAGAAGGAAGUUCUUAAGUCCGAAUUUGUUUCUUUAAAAUCAAGAGAAGGAGUUUGCCUUGAUUUAUUUGAGCCGCUUAAUCAGUAGCUAGGAGAGUAUUUAGUUGGACUUGGGCCAAGUUAUGAAGGGAGAAGAGAAAAGGAAAACCUAGCCCAUGAUGUAUGCUAGUCGAAUUCCAUGAGGAAGGAAGGAGGGAAGACUUGUUUGACUUGGUUGUGCUGAAUUGGUGGUAAUGAUUUGGGAGUUAUGUCUCUUAGUUAAGUGCUGAUCAGUUUUGGGACAAGGGAAUUAUAGGCAAAUGAUGAGCCGUUAAUGCCUUGUCUCUUUUCAAAUUGAUGGAAGUUUUGUGAAGGCUUAGGAGGGGUGUGUAUAGCCGCGGGUUUGAGGGUAAAAGGGGGAGAGUUUUCUGAUUUUUGAGAGACAAAAGGAGUUGAGUGAGAAACCCAAACACAAACCCUCAUUUUCUCAUCACACAUUCAGCAAAAGAAAGAAAGAAAGAGAGAGUGAGAGA